AUGCGAACCUACUCAGCCAACUCCACCGCCAGCUUUGUCUCCCAUGCUUCAGCGUCUCAUCAGCCUUCCGCAGAGAUCAUAGAGGAAGUCGAGCCCUCUUUGUCCAGUUCAACGCAGCAACGUGCUCUCAGAUCAACCAGAGUCAUGACGGAUGCCUCGUCCAUCGAAUCGCCCCGUAGCUCACGUGUACGCACUCGCUCGGACGCUGGCUCUGUCCACCAUGUGGAUCAAGACAUGUCAGCGUCCAUGCUGUCUGUCGUCGAUCCUGCUGGCAUGGACGAGAUCGAAAACAGUGUCCGCCAGUCCAAAACGAUCGAAGACUUUACCAACAUCAUCAGCGAAUUCCGAAUGAAUCGUCAGACGCUUUAUCCCGACUCUCUGGCAAAAUCGCUUGCUCAUGACGCAGAUACCAUCCCAACAAGUGCGAGCCAUCACAGUCUCGAUCAACGCAGCGAAACAGCAGAAACAAUUCGAUGUACGUGCUGCUGCAACAAGGACGACUGUCCUCGUGCUCUUCGCGCUCGCCAAGAAUGGCGUGACCUCGAGGCAGACCUUCGUCUCAGUGCAGAGAUCGGCCAAGCUUUGCUUCGCCGCCACGACGCUAUGCAAGCGAAGCUACAGAAGCAGGCCGAAGAGUAUCUGCAGCAGCGCGACGGCCUCAUGAGCCGCUUGACAAAAAGUUACAAGGAGACCUCAGCGCUUGAGCGCGAACUAGCUCAGUCCAACUUGAACCUUGAGGCAGGCGACAGCAGCAAUCGUGCCCUCCUGUACGAGCUUGACGAUGCCCGUAACCAGCUCACAAAACUCAAGGCGUCCCAAGCUCGGCUCAGCGGUGCAGAUGAGAGAAACAAAUCGCUAGAACGCCAACUUGAUGACCUCAAGCAAGAGCUUGCUGCAGAGCGCAAAAGGGCACAAGCAGCAGACGCCAAGUCCAGAAAACUCGAACUCAUAUCUACGCAGCUCAAGGAAGCUCUCAACACUGCACGCAACGGGACAAGCGUUGACGCGACCGCCACCACAUCCAACGCUCGUACUCUGCUUGACGACGAUGCUCUCCGUUCCGCACGAGACCGGCUCACUCGUGGUCUUUGUCAUCAACCAUCUUUUUCACUGGCUACUGAUGCAUCUACAACCAGCGACGACCUGCACCAUCAGGCCCAAGCCAUCAGCGAUCUCGUUCGCGACAAUGAAGCUCUGCGCAACGACAACGAUAAGCUCAGAAGUCUCGUCGACACCUGCAACGAAGAGCUUGACACCCUGCGCAGCUCGGUCAACAAUACCAUCACCAUGGUCGCAUCUCCGGUCCUGGACCUCACCCGAUUUGAUGAACAAGCGUCCUCCUACAUUGAGGCACAAACUGCCGCCAGCUUCAGUGUUGGACCGUCGGCUACGACAGCGGUCAUCACCGAAACAAGGCCCACAUUCUCGCCUCAACUACAUAAGGACCUCCAGGAUGACGUAGCGGAUACAGACAAUUUAUCAAUGCGGCCACCGAUGCCAUCCCACGCGUCUUCGAAUAGCUCAUUUACCUUUCCUUCCGUAUCGACCAGCGCAGCCUCAUUCCCUGAAUUCUCUCCUGCCGGUGUCGCUCGCAGCGAUUCUGUUGCCUACACUGCAGAUAGCAGCGCGACAAGUCAACCUCCGGAUUCCGUCGCUUUUGCGCCAAGCUCACGUUCCAGUGCCACAAGUCGCGACACAGAUAAACAUACGACCGACUUUUUGCAGUCUGAUCCUGCGCGCCGCGAAAACCGCACCGCCCAGCUCGGCAAUCUGCUCGAAUGCAUCCAUCGUCUCUUCAAUCGUCUCUCAACUGCGGACGUCGACACACUCACACGUCGUUUGCAAAGACAAAAUCUUGCAGGAGAUGCGGGCCACCUCGCCAGAACCACGGUCCAUUCGAUUCUUCGCGAUGUCGACGGCCUGCGUGAUCACUUCCGCAAGCUAAUUGAAGCAGAAGCUCGUAACAAUGCCAGAGACGAUAGUUCUUCCCACUCUAAGGACUUGGCCAACGAGAGCCUUGUCGCGAGAAAGGAUUUCUUCGCUCUGCUCAAGGCCUUCCGCGAUAUCCUCUGUGAGCUUGCCAAGCUGCGGCUCUGCAUUAACGACAUUCAUCUCAAUCCUGGACAAGCUGCCAAACUUCUUCACGACCAUUUAGGCGCAAAUACAGCAGAAGACAGAUCGCUCAUUCCGAUCCCCUCUGCAGUCAAUUGGCUCGGCAAGAUGUUGCUAGGUGGAACCAGCGUUGCGCCAUCUACGGCAUUGCCAGGCGCCAGUAUUCCUGCGGCAUCUCUCACAGUGCCAGACCCAACAGGCGCAGCUGGAAGUAAGAGAGGAAGACCUGUUGCUGGAAGAAGCAUUUCCGGUAACUUGGGCGGCCAUCUCGCCCCUCGAGCUUCGCCUGCCGUCGUCUCGUCUACACUUGCUGUCGAGGUCAAAGGUGCACACGCUUCCGCAGCCGAAUCGUCCCAACAGCGACUGUCCGUAUCGCCCCAAGCGCCAGUCGGUGGCGGCCUCAGAGCGGGACCUCGGCCUCAGCGCGGUCGGUCGCAAGCAUCGCUCACGCACGUACAAUCCCGUAACCUCUCUGGCCUUUUUGCCGGAAGUCUCACUGCAUCUUACGCUGGUCUCGGUUCUGCACGUGGCGGCUUGUCAGAUACUCACGGCAGUUUAGCACGAGCCAGCUCGCUCAGGCCAAGGGAGGAGACUUCAAAGACGAAAAAACCGUGGCAGCGACCGUUGUCCAGGAUUGUCGAUGAUGACGAGAUCAGCAUCCACCGCGGAAGGGCUAUCCGCCAGCAAGUUUUCGACGACAGCGAUGACGAUGAUUUAGAAGAAGACAUGAAAGGCAGCGGUAACCUACUUGAACGAACGUUGCGACCGCGUGGCCUGAGUGACAGCUCGAUCAGAAGCACUUUUGUGGACUUGGCUGACGGCAUCGGAGGAGGUCCCAUCUCGCCAGCUGCGAACAGAAACCGUCCUUCGCCGAUUUCACGCAUUAUCACACCAGCAACUCUAUCACUACAUUCGACGCCCAGUGCGUCCACGCCGGUUUCGAUGUCGGAAGGUGCCGAUCGGAACAGACGUAUUGCAGCCGGUAGUGCCUCGCCGUCGGUCUCCUCAGAUCGUUCCGGCAGCCUCACUCCAGGUGCGGUCGGCAUUGCAGGUGGCGUGGCUAGCACCAUCUUCAGUCGUUCAGAGAAGGUGCUGUCUUUCCUCAGCGGCGGCGUCGUCGGAUCCGGCGCAUCCAUUCAGCCCAGCAGUACUUCCACCAGUCCUGGAGACCCAACUUUGCGCCAGACGCCAUCCAUAGCUGCGUUGAACAAGGCGGCUGCACGUGGUGCGUCGUCACACGACUUGUCUGUCUCGCCACAACCUGCGCCUCCGACAAUUACGGCAGCAUCCCCGGAGCCACGAGCGCAGACGGGCUUCGGCGUUGGUCUGCCGCAACGACCAUCUCUGAGCGGCACCGGAAGCAGCCGCACUGGCUUCUGA